CUGAAGUCUGAACUCUGAAGUCUGAUCGUGACAGACUGAACCAGAACAUGAGUGUGCGUUUGGAGGAAGAGGAGGGCGGCACAGAGUCUGAUCCCAGCUGUCUGUCUCUGAGGAGGGACCGGUCCAAAGAUCCUCCUCUACUCUUCAGACAUGAACCUGGACCCUCAGACACAGAAUUUCAGUUCAGCAGACUGAGAGCUGAGUCUCCUGAUCCCAGCUGUCUGUCUCUGAGGAGUGACUGGUCCAAAGAUCCUCCUCUAAACUUCAGACAUGAACCUGGACCCUCAGACACAGAGUUUCAGUUCAGCAGACUGAGAGCUGAGUCUCCUGAUCCCAGCUGUCUGUCUCUGAGGAGUGACUGGUCCAAAGAAAGUCCUCUAAACUUCAGACAUGAACCUGGACCCUCAGACACAGAGUCUGAUCCCAGCUGUCUGUCUCUGAGGAGUGACCGGUCCAAAGAUCUUCCUCUAGUCUUCAGACAUGAACCUGGACCCUCAGACACAGAAGAGAGGGAGAGGAGUCCUGAUCCUGUGGAGGAUCAGCCCUCCUGCUGUGCUGUGACGGAUCCAGUCUCUACCAGAUGUGGACACUGGUUCUGCAGACAGUGCCUCACCUCAUACAGGGACCAGUCUGGUUCAUCAGGAGACUCCAGCUGUCCCCAGUGUGAAGACAAAACCAGACCAAUAUCAGGACCACAGGAAGCCGGUCAGACCAGCAGUGAAACCACAGAUCGUGGUCUGCAGAGGGUUUUAGAGGAACAUAAGACCAGUCUGAGGAGGAGAUGUGAGCGUGUGAGUGAAGGAAGUGAGGAAACAGGAAGUAGAACCCUCCUCAACAGGAUCUACACUGAGCUCUACAUCACAGAGGGACAGAGUGAAGAGGUGAACACACAACAUGAGGUGAGACAGCUGGAGACCGCCUCCAAGAAGAAGACCCUCCAGGACACUCCCAUCAGGUGCCAGGACAUCUUCAGAGCCUUACCUGGUCCACAGAAACCCAUCAGAGUGGUUCUGACAGUCGGCGUCGCUGGUGUUGGAAAAACCUUCUCAGUGCAGAAGUUCACUCUGGACUGGGCAGAGGGCUUGGAGAACCAGGACCUCAGUCUGGUGGUUCUGCUUUCAUUCAGGGAGCUGAACCUGAUCAGGGGACAGUACAGUCUCCUCCAGCUGCUCCAUGAGUUCCAUCCAACAUUACAGAAGGUCCCAGCAGAGACGCUGGCUCUCUGUAAACUGGUCUUCAUCUUUGACGGUCUGGACGAAAGCAGACUGUCUCUGGAUUUCAACAACACUCAGGUUGUGUCUGACAUCACACAGAGCUCAUCCAUAAACCUGCUGUUAACAAACCUCAUCCAGGGGAAUCUGCUCCCCUCAGCUCUGGUCUGGAUCACUUCUCGACCCGCAGCAGCCAAUCAGAUCCCUCCUUCACGCUUUGACAGGGUCACAGAAGUCCGAGGCUUCACUGACGCCCAGAAGGAGGACUACUUCAGGAAGAGGUUCAGUGAUGAAGAUCUGUCCAGCAGAAUCAUCUCACACAUCAAGACCUCCAGGAGCCUCCACAUCAUGUGUCAGAUCCCGGUCUUCUGCUGGAUCACUGCUACAGUUCUGGAGCACAUGAUGAGCACAGAGCAGAGAGGAGAGCUGCCCAAGACCCUGACUGACAUGUACUCACACUUCCUGCUGGUCCAGACCAAGAGGAAGAGGAAGAAGUACGGUCAUAAGCUGAAGGAUGCUGAAGUUUUCCUGAAGCUGGGCAGGCUGGCGUUUGAACAUCUGGAGGAAGGAAACAUCAUGUUCUACCAAGAAGACCUGGAGCGAUGUGGUCUGGACGUCACAGAGGCCUCGGUGUACUCAGGACUCUGUACAGAGAUCUUCAAAAGAGAGUGUGUGAUCCUCCAGAAAACAGUCUACUGCUUUGUUCAUCUGAGCGUUCAGGAAUUCCUGGCUGCAGUCUACAUGAUCCACUGUUUCACAACCAGGAACAGAAAGGUUCUGAAGGGUUUCUUAAAGGAACACAUGUUCAGAAACAUUUCAAAGACGUUUUCCCAGUUGUUCAGAAACCCAGAUAGCUUUAACUCAUCCCUGGAUGACUUCCUGAAGAGGGUCAUGGAGAAAUCCCUCCUCAGUAGAAACGGUCACCUGGACCUGUUUGCCCGCUUCCUUCAUGGACUCUCUCUGGAGUCCAACCGGAGACUCUUAGGAGGUCUGCUGGGUCACACAGACAACAGUCCAAAAAUGAUCCAAAGAGUCAUCAACAACCUGAAGGAGAUGAACAGUGAUGAGAUCUCUCCUGACAGAAGCAUCAACAUCUUCCACUGUCUGACGGAGAUGAAGGACCUCUCAGUCCAUCAGGAGAUCCAAGAGUUCCUGAAGUCAGGGAACAGAUCAGAGGAACUCUCUGAGUUCCAGUGCUCUGCUCUGGCCUACAUGCUGCAGAUGUCAGAGGAGGUUCUGGAUGAGUUGAACCUGGUGAAGUACAACACAUCAGAGGGGGGACGACUGAGACUGAUUCCAGCUGUGAGGAACUGCAGGAAGGCUGAAUUUUCUAACUGUGGACUCUCAAACACUCACUGUGAAGUUGUGGCCUCAGCUCUGAAGUCCAACCCCUCCCAUCUGAGAGAGCUGAAACUGGACUACAACAAGCUGCUGGACUCAGGAGUGGAGCGUCUGUCUGCUGGUCUGAAGAGUCCAAACUGUAAACUGGAGACUCUGAGGUUGUGGAGCUGCAGUUUGACAGAGAUCAGCUGUGCUUCUCUGGCCUCAGCUCUGAAGUCCAACCCCUCCCAUCUGAGAGUUCUGAACCUGAGUUACAACAACCUGCAGGAUUCAGGAGUGAAGCAGCUGUGUGAUUUUCUGCAGAGUCCAAACUGCAGACUGGAGUCUCUGUGGUUGAGUGGCUGCAGUUUGACAGAGAUCAGCUGUGCUUCUCUGGCCUCAGCUCUGAAGUCCAACCCCUCCCAUCUGAGAGAUCUGUACCUGAGUUACAACAAGCUGCAGGAUUCAGGAGUGAAGCAGCUGUGUGAUUUUCUGCAGAGUCCAAACUGCAGACUGGAGUCUCUGUGGUAAGACACCUUUCCUUUGUUUAAUUUCUCUGCUGAGAUGUUUCUGAUGUGAAAGUUGUGGUGACACUAAACUGCAGAACCAUGGCUGAUCUCUAACUGAUCCACACUGAGGGUCUUCAGGCUGAAGUCUGGUUCCUCUCAGAGGUUUUUGUUGGUUGAGGAGCAGAACCAUGACGAGCUACAGAUUGAAAACCUUGAAGCUCCUGAGAGGAACUUUGCUUUGUGUUGAUUCUGGCGCCACCUGUGGACAAAGUGGUCUGUCUCAUCUCUUUGCUGGUUCUGGUCUGAAUAUGUGUAAGUGGUUUUUGUAAACACAGUCUCAUCCUGUUAUCUUUGAGUGGUCUAAAGUAUCCCUGCCUGUGAAUUAGAGCAUGUACAGGACAGGAUCAGCAAAGAUCUGAAGAUAUGACAUGUUAAAGGUCCAGUGUGUAGUUUUUAGUGUGAUUGAUCAGAACAGACUUGGUAGAGAUGGAAUAUAAAAUCAUGAGU